AUGGCUCCGGAAAAGGAAAGUAAUGGUCUUGACAACUAUGCAUUUGCAGUUGAAGGACGCUUCUGUGAUCUACCUGACACAAAAAAUGGAGAAGAAGUGGACUCCUUCGUGGAUGGAGACAGCAACAAGCUAGCAUAUUGUGUAACAGAUGUACCUCCUUGGUACCUGUGCAUCAUUUUAGGCAUCCAGCACUGUUUGACUGCAUUUGGAGGCAUCAUCGCCAUCCCAUUAAUCUUGUCUCAGGGGUUGUGUCUGCAACAUGACGGCCUCUCACAAAGCCACCUCAUCAGCACCAUCUUUUUCGUCUCUGGUAUCUGCACCCUGUUGCAAGUUACCUUCGGCAUUAGGCUGCCCAUACUCCAGGGUGGUACAUUCACACUGCUGGCCCCCUCCAUGGCAAUGCUGUCCAUGCCAGAGUGGACGUGCCCUUCUUGGACCCAAAAUGCAAGCCUAGUCAACACCACCUCUGCAGAAUUCAUAGAUGUGUGGCAGAGUCGAAUGAGAGCACUCCAGGGGUCCAUCAUGGUGGGCUCACUCUUUCAGGUGUUUGUUGGUUUCUCUGGUCUCAUUGGCCUCUUCAUGCGCUUCAUCGGACCUCUCACCAUUGCUCCCACCAUCUCUCUCAUUGGACUGUCCCUCUUUGACUCAGCUGGUGCAAGCGCUGGCAACCACUGGGGCAUCUCUUCCAUGACCACUGCGCUGAUCAUCCUGUUCUCACAGUACCUGCGUCACAUAUCUAUGCCAUUUCCUACAUACAGCAAGGAUAAAAAACUGCACACCUCCCGUGUCUACGUCUUUCAGAUUCUUCCUGUUUUGCUUGGAAUAACUUUAUCUUGGCUCAUCUGUUAUAUUUUGACAAUCUACAAUGUACUUCCUUCUGAUUCAGGCCAGUAUGGUUAUCUGGCUCGCACUGAUCUAAAAGGAGAUGUUAUAAGCAAAGCUCCCUGGUUCAGUUUCCCAUACCCAGGUCAGUGGGGUAUGCCAACUGUGAGCCUGGCAGGUGUGGUUGGCAUCCUUGCUGGUGUGAUUUCCUCCAUGAUAGAGUCUGUAGGGGACUAUCACGCUUGUGCCAGACUAUCUGGGGCUCCACCUCCCCCUAAACAUGCCAUCAACAGGGGCAUUGGUAUUGAGGGACUAGGCUGUCUGCUGGCUGGAGCCUGGGGUACGGGAAAUGGUACCACCUCAUACAGUGAGAAUGUUGGUGCUCUUGGUAUUACAAAGGUUGGCAGUCGCACGGUGAUAGUAGCAAGUGGAGCGUUGAUGGUUGUCAUGGGUGUGUUUGGUAAAGUGGGUGCAAUAUUCACCACCAUCCCAUCACCUGUGAUUGGAGGGAUGUUCAUGGUUAUGUUUGGUGUCAUCUCUGCAGCAGGGGUUUCUAAUCUGCAGUAUGCAGAUAUGAAUUCCUCUCGAAACAUCUUCAUUUUUGGUUUCUCCAUGUUCUCUGGUCUGGUCAUUCCCAACUGGAUAUUAAAGAAUCCCAAAGCUAUCGCUACAGGUGUGGUAGAACUUGACCAGGUGCUGCAGGUUCUUCUGACAACCAGUAUGUUUGUUGGAGGCUUCUUUGGCUUCAUACUGGACAACACCAUUCCAGGAUCAAAGCAUGAACGAGGCAUCCUCGCCUGGAACAAGGCUCACGAGGAUGACUCCAGCAACACACUGGAGAGCGGAGAAGUCUACAACCUUCCCUUUGGCAUCAGCUCUUACUUGUCUUCCUCUUCCUGGCUCCGGUACAUGCCAUUCUGCCCUCCUGGUGUGCCCAGCUCUCUGGAUAGAUGUGGAGCAGAUACUAAUUCCCUGGAGCCCAAGCAGCCGCUGGGACACCCAGAACCUGCACAGAUCAUUAUUGGUGUCGCUCUGUGA